UGGGGUCUGUGUCAGGAGGACAUGUCUGACUCAGGCAGGGCCUGGGAGCUGAAUAUUCAUCAAUUUAAACCUGGCUCCCUGUUGCAUGAUCCACAGGCUGUUUAGCACUACAGGAUUGGAGUAUGACGCUGAUUAAAGGAACUUUCACCUACUCCAGUGGUGAGGAGUAUCACGGGGAAUGGAAAGAGGGUCGCCGUCACGGGAUUGGGCAGCUGAGGUUUGCUGACGGCAGCAACUACGUGGGCCAGUUUGAAAAUGGCCUGUUCAGUGGCCGUGGAACACUGGUCUUCUCUGACGGCUCAAGAUAUGAGGGUGAGUUUGUUCAGGGGAAGUUCCAAGGAGUUGGUGUCUUCACUCGAUGUGAUGGGAUGAAGUUUGAAGGAGAAUUUAAAAAUGGACGUGUUGAAGGAUAUGGACUGUUGAUGUUUCCAGAUGGUUCGCACGGGCACCCACGAAAUGAAGGCAUCUUUGAGAACAACAGGCUGUCUAAACGGGAGAAGUGUCAAGCUGUGAUCCAGAGAGCACAAGCGAGUGCGAAAAGUGCACGGGCUCUCUCCCUCUAACCAGUUAUCUGUGCUUAAAAUCAAUUAACGGUUUAUCCUGGCUGCGUGGGAGAAUGCAGAAAUACUGUGUUUGCAUUCAGAACCGUUGAAUUCCAAAUUGUGAUGAUGUUGUGGUCUCGCUUUCGUUUCCAUCCCAGCCUGGAUAACAGUAUCCUGGACAGCCCAGCACAUUUGGGAAUGGAUUUCAUUUGCUGGCUUCCCAAUCUGGAGCUCCGGCUCUUGAAGUCUCGCUGUCAGGAGGAAGACUUAAACUACUGGCCACUGGUAUCUUGCCCACCCCCAAAAUGCAGAUUGCAAAGUGUAUUAGCUGCAGUCUGGGCCGGGGGCAGGAGUGUGAUGAGUCAAGAGAACGGGGUUUUGGAAUUGACUAAAGGAAGAUUUCCCUUAAGAUGUCCCAGAGUACUUCAUAUCUCUGACUUGAUGGUGACCCACCACAGCUCCCGCAGAAAGGAUCAUAAUCCAACACCUGGAAGUCUCUGACAGCUUGGUUUUGUCAAUUAAGACACCUUCUGUGACACUGCAGUUCCAGGAUUGCUCCUGACCACUCCUCCCCUUCCAACUCCCCAAACAAACAUAGAAAACUCACUGAUUAGUUGAAGAUUCAAUCGUUGGAAUUGUUCAAAAUUGCGAAACAUUAGGGGAAAAAAUAAUUCCCCUGGCAGUACAGACUUGAUGGACUGAAGGUCCCCUUCUCUACUCUAUUUUUCAAUAAUUCUAUGAGGGUGACUAACCAGAAACCAAUUAGCAAAAGAGCCAGAUGGAGACAAGUGGUAUUUAUUCUCUCAGCAAACUGCUGAGAUCUGGAAUUCUAUACUAGUAUUAACUUUCUGGGAAUUAUGCAUAUAUACUCGAAGGCAAAGGAUUUGUGAGGCUCUGCAGAAAUGAGAGUGAAGUUCAGUGAUUGGAUAGCUCUUUCAGAAAGACAGUGCAGGCACAAAUGGCUGAAAGAGUCACUGAUUAUGUCAUGAUUGCCUGAUUGAGAUCAGCUUAUCCCAUUAAUCAAGGGCAACAACCAUCUUCACAAUAUAACAUCUUAUCUCCCAGUGUUUGGUUAUGUGUGGGCUGUGUCGGUAUGAAUCAUAGAGCCUUUCUUGUGACAGCGGGCAAAGUUUAAACUCUUCCCAUCCCUGGCCAUAUUUGAAGUUGCUGCUGCUUGCAUCUCUCUGGCAUUCUAAUUUUGGAUUAUCCAACAGGCAUCAUUAAGAGCAGGCCAUUCCAAAUAUCCAUCAGAUGUGAGAAACCUGUCAAAAAUAUAGAAUGGAAUCUCCAGGCUUGAUGGGAAGACUGCAUUCUGAGUUAAGGUUUGGGAUUUCAGCUGUUACUUCCACAUCCUAGCUGCAUUCAUUCAUUCAUUCAUCCUAACUAUCCAUUCCAGCUGUUAUUUUCCUCUGCCACUGGCUUAUUUACAUUUUUCUCUGCCUUCUGUCCAUUAAGGUUGCCCUUUGCAACCUUGUUCCUGUGCCCUCUUGUCCUUUUACAGUGGCAUUCCUAAAAUCUUGGACAGAUGUCUCAAACACCUCAGUAAUGCAUCAACUGAAUCUUCAGUUCAGUGAGCACACUUUGUGUGUGUGUCUUGCCUUCUUAGAUUGCAAUGCCUUUCAACCUCCAACCCCAGGUUUUUUUUAUGUUAACCAAACUUAAACCAGAGGGGUCAGUUUUGAAUCUGUUUCACCCUUCAACCCACCCUGAAACUUCUGACAAAAGUGAACAUAGGAAGUAUAGUUAGUAAGUUUGCAGAUGAUACCAAAAUUGGAGGUGUAGUUUACAGUGAAGAAGAUUAUCUCGGAGCACAAUGGCAUCUUGAUCAGAUGGGCCAGUGGGCCAAGGAGUGAUAGAUGGAGUUUGAUUUAGAUAAAUGUGAGGUGCUGCAAUUUGGAAAGGCAAAUCAGGGCAGGACUUAUACACUUAAUUGUAAGGUCCUGGAGAGUAUUACUGAACAGAGACCUUGGGGUGCAGGUUCAUAAUUCCUUGUAAGCGGAGGUGCAGAUAGAUAGGAUAGUAUUUUGCCUUUAUUGUUGAUUGCAUUGAGUAUAGGAGUUGGGAGGUCAUGUUGCAGCUGAUAGGACGUUUCUGAGGCCACUGUUGGAAUAUUGCACGCAAUUCUAGUCUCCCUGCUAUUGGAAGGAUGGUGCGAAACUUGGAAGGAAAAGAUUUAUAAGGAUGUUGCCAGGGUUGGAGUGUUUGAGCUGUUGGGAGAGGCUGAAUAGGCUGGGGCUAUUGUCCGUGAAGCAUCAGAAGCUGAGGGGUGACCUUAUAGAGGCUUAUAAAAUCAUGAGGCACUUGGACAGGGUAAAUAAACAAGGUGUUUUCCUCGGGCUGGAGGAAUCCAAAAUUAGACAGCAUAGGUUUAAAGUGAGGGGGAAAGAUUUCAAAGGGAUCUAAGGAGCAUCUCUUUCACGCUGAGGGUGGUGCAUGAAUGGAAUGAGCUGCCAGAGGAAGUGGUGGGGGCUGGUACAAUAGCAACAUUUAAAAGGCAGCUGGAUGGGCACAUGCAUAUGACAGGUUUAGAGGGAUAUAGGCCAAAUGGAACUAGAUUUAUUUAGAAUUUCUGGUCGGCUUGGACGAUUGGAGCGAGGGCCUGUUUCUUUGCUGUACAUCUCUAUGACCCUAUGUUUUGUAGUUGUGUGUUUUGAAAACUUACCAGUGAUACGAAUUUGAGCUUGUGUGAUUGUCAACGUUAUUCAUUGAGCUUUGAAUAUUCAACAUGUUGGGAAGUUGCUGCAUGGUGGUCCAGAGGGAAACAGUGAAAGGAGAAUGGUACCCUCAGUAUUAAGCAUGGCUGCCACCCUCAGUGAUACCACUUGUUCACAUCUGCCUGAUUUAUUCGUGUGCUUAUUGGAUCCUCACUGAGCUCUACGGUAAAGUCCUUUAAAUAUUAUUUUCAGAGGAAAUAUCUUGGAUGAAAUGAAAACUCACAUGGAACCCAUCAAAGAAGAAAGCACUUCAUGUUCAGUGUCCUCAUUUGAGCUAUCUCUUUCAGAAAAAUAAUCUUGUUAUUAGUUUGAAAAUAAAAACAGAUUUAACAAAAUAAGAUGAAAGAUUUUGUCCCUCAAAAUCAAAUCCAAACUCCUACCCCUUAACGUGCAUUGUAACAAAGAGCAAAGUGGCUUUUUCAACCAUCACAUAAAACUUAAUUAUUGAAUUAAAUACAUAUAUCCUCAUUUCAAGAACAAUCAAGUCUGCAUAAACCAUAUCCCAAAACAAUCCUAACCCAAAGUUUGGAAUUCCAAAGGACUAAAGUCCACAUCUCUCUGUACAACAUAAUCUCCUCUCCACUUAGGACAGCCAUGUCUGAACAUCCAUUCCAUGUAGUAGAAGCCAACUUCUAGAUUCCAUGGUAAAGAUAUCACACCUGGGUCCAAUAUGUUGUGGCUCAGUCCUCUGCAUUGCUGCUUAGUAUUUAGUAAUCCCCCCACUGGUACAAUUACUGAGGACCAGUUGUUCAUUUGGUACUGCCAGAUGCAGCUAAACAACUGCCAGGAUUCAGCAUCAUCUCAAGACGUGAUUUUGUUUCCGAUUUGUCACAAUGUUUGCAUAAUGCCUUGCAGCAGUCAGCCUACUGAGCAAGACUGUUUUAUUUACAUUGGAAUAUAAGAAGAGGAGGCCAUUAAGCCUGAUCAGAUUCUAAUUUGUGACCUGACUCCACAUCACUUAAUAACUUUGGUUAACAAAUGAUCUGCAGAUCUUAAAUUUAUAAUCAACACUUGAUCCAGUACUCGCUGCUGUUUGUGGAAGAAUUCUCUGUUGAAGCUUGCUGUGUUGACUGACCAGAAUUGCACUGGCCCUUGACCCUGAACCAUUUCAGUGAUUUCAAUGGUGUUCAAAGAACAAGAUGAAAUUGAACAGAAAGCCUUCAGUAUUCUUUGGUUCUGAUGAGCCUGAGCUGAAACAUCAACCAGUUCCUCUGUUGAAUGUUAGUGGACUCUGCUCUGCAUUUCCUGUGCUUUUUCUUUCAUUGUGUGCACAGUGUUGUAACUGGUCUUUUCUAACCUGCUUUUAUUUUUAUUUUAAUUGCCUUAUGCCUUAUCUUGCCUUUUAUUGUCAAUUUAAAUGGCGUCUCGUACUAGACCAUGCAGGAUUGGACUAGUAACAGCUGCACCUGUGGAGAAACCUCCUACCUCGCUUAAGAUGGGGAGAUUCAGUUAAUGAGCAAGACCCUGCCUGCACUCCACUGUGAGUCCCUCAACUUAAUAACACUGGAGUAUUAAGGACUAAAUAGGUGCUUACUUCCAUGCUGCCCACUUGCAACACUCCAUCCAUGCUCCUGUGUUUCUUGUGGAGAAAGAGGACUCCUUUAACCAGUUUGCCGAAAGCUCAUCCCAAAUUGUUUCACCUCUGCUCCUUUUAUAGUUAAGGGGAGGCUCAAAGCCUGCCAAGGAGGAGUUGGGGUAGAAUUGAGCCUGGGGAAGUUUCAGUGAAGGAAGGAGAGAAAGUCAAAUGCCUUAAAUAUGAAUAUAAGUGCUGUGUUGUUCUGGGUGCGAAUGUAUUUCAGUGCGAUAUAAUUCAGAAAGCAGUCCUGCAUCUCAUUUUAAAACAUACCUGAUCCUUUUUAAAGCAGGCUAUAAUGACAUGAAAAUUUAAGAGAAAUGAAUUUAGCAAAUUGAUUGGAACAAAAACAGAAGUUGCUGGAAAAGCUCAACCGAUCUGGCAGCAUCAUUGAAGAAAAAAAUAAGAGUUAACGCUCUGGGUCUGGUGACCCUUCCUCAGAAGUGAUUGUCAGUUUUUUAAUUUUAAGUAAUGUUGAUUUGCUGGCUGCUGUGCUUUUGUGCCUUUUUUUUGCACAUGAUACAGGGAAGCGUAAAAGGGACAGGUGUGUGAAAAGAUUAGCUCUGAAUUCAGAGGAUUUCACUCUGAAACACACUUUAAGAAACUAUAUAAUUUGUAAUAUAAUGAAUAAUUUGAGACAUGGCAUGUGGUGAGUGUAGUAUUACAUGGAAGGGGGUGGGUGUUAGUUGGGGAUGAGAUUGCUGUGGAUCCCAAAGCUAAAUGUCACCAGGGGCUUUCCUCGCCAUAUGUCUUGUUCUCCAGCACACCCAAUGAUGCAGACUAACUCCUAUGAUUUAUCAAUAUCUCAUUGUAUCAAGUUGGUAGGAGGUGAACUAGAUGGAAUUUGGUCUUGUUUGCAUAUUCCUGUGAAGAUCAAAUGUGUGACUCCUUUAUCAUUGUGAUGGAAAACUUAAGCUAGUAAAAUGGUCACACAAUUACAUGUCAGAUGGUACUUCAAGCUUUACCAUCUUGGUGCCGCUCCAAACCUUACCCUUCCGUUUGAUUGCAAAAAUUGUUGCCUGCUAUUAUUUCCUUCUGUUGGAAGAUCCCAGGUUUGCUCAGGGCUCUGAGUUGUGUGUUCUAGUUGGUCUCUUUGGCACUUGAGAUCAUGUAUAACUUUAUAUAUUACCCUAUCCACAACUCCCUCCAUUAGUUGACCUCGUUUUCGUUUUUCUUUUUUCCCCUUGCUUUUGCUUGUGCUGUCUCUCUCCCUUCUGUUAAUGUACAGGUACUUUGUAUGAAGCAGAAAAUACAAAUGCUUUGUGACAUUACCCCAUCACCCUACCAGCUAAUUUGGGUCCACCCUAUCCCCUCAGUUUCAAAAUCAAGAUUUGGCCAGUGCCAUCUCAGGAGUUGAAGACUCACUAAUAAGAUCAUUCAUAUGCUGCUGUGACAAUUUGUAAUGAAUGAAGUAUUAUGCUAAUGUAUUACUAUGCUUUGUGUUACUUUUCUAAAAGGGCUGGACUCUUAAGCUUUUUUUUCAAGUGGUCACAGUUCCUGUUUUAGCCCAAGUGUCCCAGUCUAAUGUGAAACAGGCAGGAAGUCUUAUUAGCUAUAAUUGUUAAGAGUUCAAGUUAAUUGCAGUGUAAUUCGAAGUGAAACAUGGUGCUUUCUCAUUACUUGUUUACUUACUUUCAUGCCUUCAGUAUCCAUGAGGAAUUGAUGGAUUUUCUUGCACAUAUUUAACUGAUGGACUAAAAUCUAUCAUGGAAAUGUAUUAAUAUUCUUAUAUAUGCUGCCUCUUCUCUCCCCCAGUCUUAUUUUUCAAGUGCAAUUAAAUGUGAUCACAAAUUGGCUUGUCCAAAUAAUGCAAUAA